AUGUCUGAACUCCUUGAAUCACCACAAGUCUGGGUGAAUGGCGAUUUCAUUCCCCAGGACGAGCUCUACAACACUACAUCGACAUGCGAUUUCAAUUCAAAUUUCUCUUCUACCAGCAGCCCUUUGAUCAACUCCACUGUGGCCGAUAAUGGCACAUUCAACACAUUCGCCAAUGUCGAUGUCUCUCUUGAUACGCUUAUGCCCACAAUUGAACCCAACGACCGAAGUCUCUCAAUGACCAGCCAGAAGGAUCUAGCCCUGCGAAACGGCCUCUUUCCUCUCGAGAUGAGCUACUAUCACCCAUCAUCUUCUGCCUCCCCUCGUCAACUGGCAAUGCCCGAGCAAUUUCAGUCGCAAACCUCAACAUCCAGACAGUCUGAAUUGCCUCGCAGUACGCGAACCAAGACGCAAAGAGAUCGCUCGCAACGUCAAACUACAGUUGGUAGCGAUAGCUCUUCUUCCCAGGACUCUGAUGAAGAGCGGCUUGCGGAGAAGCGACGGAAAAACAAGCUGGCUGCUCGCAGGCUACGACAGAAAAAAUUGGAUCAAGUAUCGGAACUUGAAGCUCAGUUGGAAGAAAUGAAAAAGGAACGAGAUUUGCUGCGAUUGAGGGCGGCGAAGUCAGAGGGAGAGGUCAUGGCAUUGAGGCAAAUGCUUGACCAGAAAGUUGGCGUAUAA